AUGUUACGAUCACUACUAACAUUAUCGACGAUCGGCCUUACGAGUUCAUGGUGGUUACUCUCAGAAACAGAUCCAGCACGUAUCACUUCUUAUCCCUCAGCAUGUUCGGUUGUACCGGGACUUACAAAUCGACAAAGGGAACUAUGCAUACGACAUCCGGACACGAUGAAAUACUUAAUUGAUGGUUUGCGAAUGGCGAUUUCAGAAUGUCAAAAUGCAUUCCGCAAUCAAAUAUGGAAUUGUACACUUACAGUGCCAGGUGUUGGAACCACACCAUUGAGAAUUGCUUCCAAGGAGUCAGCUUUCGUCUACGCGAUCGCUUCAGCCGGUGUGAGUCAUUCGUUGGCGAAAGCUUGUGCAAAAGGUCUAAUUGGGGAUUGUGGUUGUGGUCCCACUCCAUCCACGGUGACAAAUAAAUUUGUGUGGGCUGGAUGUUCGGACAACGUACGCUAUGGGAAUUCAUUUGGACGCAAGUUCAUAGAUGUGAAUGAUAAGGUGCAUGUUGAUGCCAGGGCAUUGAUGAAUCUUCACAAUAACCGAGUUGGUCGCCGUCUUCUGGCGACGCGAAUGGGAAAAGAGUGUAAAUGCCAUGGCGUAAGUGGCAGCUGCGUGACGAAGACCUGCUGGAGAGUGGUGCCGAAAUUCGAUGAAUUUGCACAAUUAUUAAAACACAAAUACGAAAUGGCACAACAAGUUACCGUAGCUCCACAUGGAACCGCAUUAAUGGUCCGUGAACCGAUCUUGGAUGGAAAACGUACCGAGAGAUAUUUGAAGGAUAAAGGCGAUAAGCAUAAGGCCGCUAAGGGAGAUUUAGUGUACUUGGACGCUUCGCCGGACUACUGUACAGUAGACACGAAAGGUCGUGAUUGUGGAGAUAAUUGCGACGAAAUUUGUUGCGGUAGAGGUUGGCACACAGUGCGAGAGGUAGUCGAUGAACCGUGUCAUUGCCGUUUUAUUUGGUGUUGUGAUGUUCAAUGUAAAACAUGCAAAAAAGUUGUUGAUCGUAAUUUUUGUCGCUAA